GCCGACGAGGACCCAGAGGCAUGUACGCGUGAGCUGUCGUCGUUCCUGGAGUCCCAGAGGUGUCCUGUGCUGCAGCACGAGCCCGAGUUCAUUCGUAAGGUUGCGCGGAAGAUCAAGGGCUGGACGUCGCACGGGGUCGAUCGCCUGGGCCCCAGGGAUUUCUGCGUGGCCUCGGACAAGUGCCUCGAGGCUCUCAACUUGCUGUGGAACUGGAUGUUGGCCCUGGGAGCGUUGCCCGCGCAGAUCGGCCUCGCCCUCAUGCCCUCCCUCCCGAAGCCCGAAGGGGACACGCGGCUCAUAGGGCUGCUCAGCAUGGUGGUGCGUGUCUGGGCCCGUUGUUCCAGGGAGGUGGUCCGUCUUUGGGAAGCUGAACAUUCUCGGAGCUACACCUACGGGACCAGGGGCAAGUCUUGCGAAAGGGCCGUCUGGGAGCAGUCGUUCGCCAGUGAGAAUGCCGCGCUGACGGAGAGGUUCGCGACAAACUCCUUUUUGGAUUUGGUUAAGGCCUACGAGAAGGUGAUGAUGCUGGAUGUUCUCGAUUUUUGUGCCAGGUGGUUCCCUCACACCCGUCUGUUUAACGUGGUGGACGACAUUACGGCUCAGACGAUCGGCACGGCAGCUCUGGUGGUCAAGGAAGGUCUGGCGGUCACCCUCACGCUGUGCCGCAUGCUCGAGGCCCGUAGGCUCAUCAUCUCCACGACCAAGGGCCGCGUGACGGCCACCACGUCGGACAUCGCCGACAAGAUU